AUGGUGUUUUGUUUGGGAUCCUUAGAGUUAAUAUUAUCACUUUAUUUGAUGGUGAAGUUCCUAGAGUAUCCAGAAACAGAAGACAUGGAUGAAGCCUAUGUUGUUGAACUUUUACUCAGUCCUGGAGAAGGUCGACUGAAGAUCCUGGAAUGGUUAUUCUCCAGGUAUGACGAGAAGCUUGAAGAAUUGCUUAGUGUUUCACAUUUAUCUUUUGGAACCAGAACAGAAUCAAGGCUGCAAAAAUUGUUGACCGCAGCCUGUGCUAUGUGUCUGUGUCAAAGUGAUGAUGUGGGUCUGAUUAAGGGAGAAGGUUCGUUGUCUCGGCAAGUGACUUUCAUAGACAGGCUGUUGGACAUGGUGUGUACCAGAGAGAAGUAUAGUUCUUCAGAUUCUUCCAUCAGACAGGACAAUACAUACAUAGACACCUUGGUGAGCCAAGAUGGGUUUAUGAGUAUGUUUGAUUCCAAAGUUGAUCUGCUGCCGAGGGACAUCCGUGCUGAAGUGGAGAAUAUGUGGAUCAAAGAGGGAUGGAUUCGAGAUAGAUCCCCGCAACAACCAAAUUUGCAAGAUUUGGUUAAAAAAUCAGAGAAACUUGCCUGUGAACUAUCAGAUAACAAUUUGGCAUUAGAAAAAUUACAGAAGCAAGUGAAGUUGCCAGAGAAUGGAAAGGAAGAUGAACUGUUGAACCUGACUCAUAAGUUGGCCACAGUUCUAAAAGAAUUGCACCAGCUGGCAGAUGGCUUUAUGCACUGUUUUGAGAAUCAGGUUAGAAAGUUUUGCCACCAAACACCACCGGAACUCUCAGACCUGGGGCUGAUGUUCAAGAGGGUUCACGUUUGUUUGGAGAAGUUUGUUAAGCUGCUUGAAAACCUGGACAGAGUUCGACAAGUGCAGUCUAAACUAAAUGACACAGUCAGGAAAGAGUCUGAUGUCAAAUCACAGGUUCUUGUGCAAACCUCAAGAAAUGUUUUAGACACAUUCCAGCAUUGUGUGGCCGUACUUGAGGAAACUUUACAUCGAUCUAAAACCAGUGCUCCCUUAAAAUACACACCUGUGCUUACUUUGUGA